AUGGCGCGCCGCGGUCGGAGGCAGAUCCCAGGACUUCAGACACGUCUCCUUACCUUUAUCAGCUAUGCCACAUGUCUCUUGAUGGUUGCAGGGUGCGAGGGUCGAGAGGCCACCCGCAACCGAUCACAGCCACGGGCCGUGGUCGGGACCGACAUGGACACAAAGGAGUGCGCAGAGGAUAAGCCUGACGAGGACAACGACCAGGUGGAAGAGGUCGAGGAGGAGUCGGAGCUGGUGUUCGAUGAGGUCGAGGAGGUUGAUGAGGAGAUUGCGGAGCUCUUUGAGAUGGAGGAGGCCUUGUCCAGUCCUGCGCGCCCGAAGCCAGAGGGAAUAUCUGAUGGCCCAUGGUAUGCUGGCGGCUUUGAGAUGCUUGGCUGCAAGGAGGCCAAGUUCGGCAAAGAGAAGCUCUCCUUUCGUGUCCUGGGCCUCAGCCGCUAUAGGCGGCUGGAGACGACGCGCAUGGUCAGUGGGCCGCCGGGAAGCAUUCUCGAGUUAUGCAUGCCGACGCCUCUGCAAGAGCACACCCUUUCAAAGCCCUUGGCAGCGGACGAAGAGCUUUACUUCGCUCUGACCUUCCCAUAUCCACUUGGCCAGCAGCCCAAGAGCCGGAUCUACUCGCAUCUCGACUCAGUGCUGCAGUCCUUGGUGCGGGCUGGAGCAUAUGUUCACCGCGAAAACCUUGCAACGUCUCUGGGAGGUCAUCCCAUCGAGCUGGUCACCAUGACGCGCAGAUCGCACCGGUCUGCACAGCGUCAGCCGCCCUUGCCAGACCUGACGCAGGAGGAAGCCCAACGACCAUGGAUCUUUCCGCGACGCCGUGCGAUCUUCGUUAGUGCGAGAGUGCACCCUGGUGAGACGCCGGCCAGCUUCAUGCUGGAAGGCCUCUUGGACUUCCUGGCCUCUGCUGGGCCAGAAGCGACGGAGCUUCUCCGGCAGUACGUGGUGCACCUGGUGCCUGUGCUGAACCCCGACGGUGUGGCCUUCGGUCACCACCGCCUGGACAUGCGUGCGGAGAACCUCAAUCGGGUGUACGGGAAGGCAACUCUCGAGCACCAUCCGUCGAUUGUGGCUGCACAAAAAGCUUGCCUGUGUGCCCAUGAGCACCAGGGGGGCUUGCGUCUGUACCUGGACCUCCAUGCCCACAGCAACCGCCGUGGUGCCUUCCUACUGGCUGAUGCUGGCCGCGACGCUGAAGCUCGCCUCUUCGGUUGGGCGUUGGGUAGGUGCUGCAACAUCUUCGAGUACUCACAGAGUGACUUCAGCGAGUCCAAGCGCGGAACUGGUAAGUCUACGAUUGCUAAGAUGACUGGAAACCCGCUCUGCUUCACUGUAGAAUGCCACUACAUCCGAGGCCUCACUAGCCGGCGAGCAACGGGCAUGUUAUACGACAUAUCAUAUGUAAACGCAGUCGUGUAA